GAGCCCGAGACUGCCUUUCCCGGGAAACAGAAUCCCCAGGCAGAACGUUCCGCUGCCUGGGCAGAGGCCAGAAUUCCCCCAUCCCACCCCACCCCACCUUUCGCCCUAACUCCGGGGAGCUGAAGGGUUCCAGACGGACCGGAAGGGUGACACCUCCCUCUGCGCCUUAUCCCCUGGGAACCUGGGAAAUCCCAUCGCAUUGCAGCCUUCCCUCAACGCCACAAGGUGACAUCACAUAUUGAGAGUUUCCUUGUGCAGCACGGUGACAUCAUGGCACAGUGAGAUGACAUCACAGCCUGAUGGUGUCCCAGCAUGGUGAGAUGACAUCACACUGUGAUGGUGGCCUGGCGUGGAGACAUACUAAUACCUAGCUCUUACUUACAUCCAGUUUUUUAUCAGGAGAUCACAAAAUGCAUUCUAAAGGAGGAUAAUAUUAUUGCCAUUUUACAGAUGGGGAAACUGAGACACAGAUGGGGGAGCGAUUGUCCAAGGUCAUCCAGCAGGAUUGCAGAAUUUCAGGAUGUCCUUGGGGAACCCAAGAUCGUUCUGCAGAAGCUCUGUGAGCUCUGCUUUAGUGGGAUUCCUUUUGAUGGUGGGCUGCGCUGCCUCUGCUGGAAGAUCCUCUUGAACUACCUCCCUGUGGAGAAGGCCUUAUGGAGCACCUUGCUGAAGAAGCAGAGGGAGCUGUAUUCCCAAUUCCUGAAGGAAAUGAUUAUCCAGCCUGGGAUAGCGAAAGCCAACCUUGGUGUCUCCAGGGAAGAUGUGACCUUAGAGGACCAUCCACUCAAUCCGAACCCAGACAGCCGAUGGAACACUUACUUCAAGGACAACGAAGUGCUGCUGCAGAUAGACAAGGAUGUCAGGAGGCUGUACCCUGAUAUGGCAUUCUUCCAGCGUCCAACUGACUACCCCUGCUUGCUAAUCCUGGACCCCCAGAAUGAGUUUGAGACUCUCCGCAAGCGGGUGGAACAGACAACACUCAAGUCACAGACAGUGGCAAGAAACCGGAGUGGAGUCACAAAUGUGAGUUCCCCUCUUAAAACAUCUGCUCCUAAUUCAUUGAGUGAGUAUGAAGUUCUGCCUAAUGGCUGCGAAGCUCACUGGGAAGUGGUAGAACGAAUCCUGUUCAUCUACGCCAAGCUGAAUCCUGGGAUAGCGUAUGUCCAGGGGAUGAAUGAAAUAGUGGGGCCUCUUUACUAUACCUUUGCUACAGAUCCCAACAGUGACUGGAAAGAACAUGCGGAAGCAGAUACAUUUUUCUGCUUCACCAAUCUAAUGGCUGAGAUCCGGGACAACUUCAUUAAGAGCCUGGAUGAUUCUCAGUGUGGCAUCACCUACAAGAUGGAGAAGGUUUACUCCACCCUGAAGGAGAAGGAUGUGGAGCUGUACUUGAAACUGCAAGAGCAGAACAUUAAGCCCCAGUUCUUUGCCUUCCGUUGGCUGACGCUGCUGCUGUCCCAAGAGUUCCUGUUGCCAGACGUCAUCCGUAUCUGGGACUCUCUCUUUGCCGAUGACAACCGCUUUGAUUUUCUGCUGCUUGUCUGCUGCGCCAUGUUGAUACUAAUCCGGGAUCAAUUACUGGAAGGGGACUUCACUCUGAACAUGAGGCUGCUACAGGAUUAUCCCAUCUCUGAUGUACGCCUGAUUCUGAAGAAAGCGAAGGAGCUUCAGGACUCCAAAUAGUCCAUAGCCCUGGCAGUGUGCGUGAGAGAAACUGUGCAGUAGUGUAUCCUAGGAGACUCCCUCCUACAUGUGGUGCAUCAUCAGAGCCCCUACGAUCUCUGCUGGGCGUUUGGUUUUGUGUUCCAGUAAUUGGCCUUCUUGAAGACUUACUUCUACUCUAUUAGGUCAAGGACUGCCUAUUUCCCCAGCUAGUCAGGUCCUGCACUCCAGGUUUUCCUAAUCUCAGACAACUCCACACUGCCUGAGCAGUGCUUUGUAUUUUUUUAAUGACUUUAAGUUUGGGAAGAUGGAAAUUGUUUAGCUACAUAUCUCUCAAAGUCUUAUGAAAUGAACUUUUGUGAUCAUAGCAUUAUGGAAACGUGCUCAUGCACAGGAACUUCUGCAUUAAGGGAAGGGACAGGCUGGGACCAGUGGGAUUUCGGUGAGUAUAGAGAGAACGUCUUCAUAUAAAUACAACAUGUCACUUUGACGUCAUGCAUCCUGCUCGUUUGAGUAGCUACUGGAUUUUGUUCCUUUCUGUCUGCAUCUUACCAUCUCUUUUGGGUGCACACAAAAAGUCCAGUUUCCUCCUGGUGAGUGGCGGAUGAGGAUUCAAAACAGCAGAGUCUCUUCCAUGGGAAAGAGACUUUAAGAAGCUGGGAUUGGAAAAUGCUAUUACUGCUGGCUGCUUUGUGCAGUGAGAUUUGCUCUCCAGUAGAGUCUGCCCCAGGAUUGCCUUAUCAAGGAGUUGUCUCCUUGGUGCUGACUUGACUUGGAAGUUGGAACUAGAUAUGUGGUUUUAAUUGGUGUAGUUCAAAUAAGUCAAAUAAGCCUUAUGUUACUCACAGCCUUAGAGCAGGGUCCUUGCUGCUGCUGAGACUGCUUGUCUUGAGCUGUUUUCAGUGCCGCUGCUAUGGAUCAUGCUUUACCCUAAUUCAAAGGCAGGAUAUCUAACUUCAAGCAGGCUCAUGAAGUACAAGGGAAAAGCCUCCAGUCCUGUGCUGAAAACAUAGGUAUCUUCAGAGGAGACUUAUUAAUAGGGAUAAUGAUGGUUUUGGUCUUAAACUGAGUUUUUUGCAUAAUAUUUCCCAGAACACUCCAAGCCUUCUAACUAAAUCUGGAUAAGCUCUAGUCCCGUAAUCUUCAUGUUGUCCUGUGGUACUCUUUGCUGGGAAGUGACUCAAACUCACAGAUCAGAUUAACAUCAAGGCAAUCUCUGGAUGUGAUCUACUGGAGCAAUUCAGUGGGAAUACCUGGUCCCUUGGGAGAGUCACCUUCCCUGUGGGCAGUUCCGGAGGGAGAGCCAUGUGCCAUGGGGACAGUAAUACAGAGGGGGAUAUUUAUUAAUGUACUCCAUUCAGAUACAAAGGAGCGGGCCAGGUCUGCAUAGUUUGAGAUUAGUAAUAGGGUAACCUGUAGCCUGCAAGUAGCUUUGGAACGAUCAGAACUCCUGACCCACAUUUGAGUCAGGGUGGUGGCUAUGGAAGAAACUUGAGUAGCUAAAUAUUCCAGCUGCUGCAAGAUCUUCCAAGCAAACUCUAACCUGAGGUGCUUUACUCUCCCCGUUAGUGAAGUGCUGGAUUGCCUCUGCAUAGCUGUCAAUGUAAGGACUGUUCUGUAUUUAUAUAAUCUUAAGUGUUUUGCAUUAUGUCUCCUUUUUAUUAGAGGUCAAUUUUGUGCUUUCUCAGAGGGCUGCUCACCUUGCUGAUGAGACCUGGUAGCAGUCUAGCCAUAAUUGUACCAUAACUGGGGGGCUGUCAGCCUUCAGAUGUCAGGUUCGUGCUGUGUUCCACUCCUAAAGCCUAGUCAAAGUUCUGUGUAGCUUAGUGAAUUUCUAGAGGGACAGUUUACCUUGGUGUUGGCGUUGGGGCUGUUAGUAGCUCUGAUCGUGCCUGACAUUUUUACUCUUGUGCACCUGUGCCGCUUCAGAGUAGCGGUUUCUGUGAACCAGAAUAGAUGUGCCAAUAAGGAGGAUGCAGCAGAAUCUUGCUGUUUGGAUGUGGGGGUGGAAUUUUAAACAAAGUGGGUGAUGGCCUCCCCUUUUAUUGAAACCCUUCCUAUGGGAUAGAUUCUGUCCCAUAAGAAAUGGGGCGGUUGAGAGAAUACUGUAGCUCUCACAGUUUAUGAGCAACUAUGGCUUCUCCCCAUGCCUUUUAAUCACCGUGUCUCUGUUCGGCAGCGGCUGUUCCAAGAGAACAUGUGAUCCAUCUACUGAACUCCCCUGUGCUAGAAAGGCCAGUACUAAGUAGCCUUUUGUAACUGUAAAGACUGUUGCUGCACACAGGCUUCGAACUGGAUGAUCAGGCCCUUCGGCAAAGCUCCCUCUAGAAUCAUUGAGGUUUGCCUGAAUGAGGGGACUGUAGGACUGAACCACAAAAGUGGUAAAACUUGUCCAAUAUGCUCUGGCUUCAGAAUUGCCCAAGAUGUCCUCCAUUAAAAGUCGUGUCCCCCCCCCCCCCCCCAUAAUUUAUUUAUCUGAAACUUACACAUGGUCUUUUGAAAUGUUUCAUGGUACCUGGGCUGUGUGGGUCACACUUGCCUUAAAAGGAAUCCUCCCCAUCCUUCACCAAUACACACACAUACACUCCAUGACUGUCACCAUAUUGACAUGCCAAUGAGUGUAACUUGUUUCUUUUAAUAGUGGGUGAAAAAUGGUGGUAGUCUGAAGAGUAAAAUUUUUAAUACACUCUGAAAUUCCACUUAGGUUUCUUUACAAUAUUCAUUUGCAAUAUUGUCAUGAAUUAGGUCUAAAAGUUCGGCUUGUGGGUGGAUUGUUUUUCAGUGCACAACUCUUGUAUUAAAUAGAAACCCUUUACAACUGUAGGGGGAAUGAGAAUGUAUUAAGUUUCCUAUUUGGAUUUAAAUAUUCCCCUGCUGUGUCUGCAACUCAAAUGUUGCAGCACUUUGUUGGUGUAUGAGAACUUGAAAGUGACUUUGACUAUCCUCUCUGCUUAUUCAUUCUGGAGAAAGUGAAGACAGCAGGUGAGUGGCAUGAGUUGAUCUGUUAAAAAUUUCAGAUGGUUGUCAAGGAAAUGUCUUUUAAACCUGAUCACCUCCUUUUUAAAGAAGGGAACUUAAAAAAAAUCAAAUGGUAGCCUGGUUUAGGGCCAAAGCCAACUUCUGCUGAAAUUAAUCAAGUCUUUCUGUUGAUUCUGUUGGGAGCUGGAUCAGAUGUUUAAGGAACAGUACCACAGAUGUGACUGAAGAGGCCUGGAACUGAUUCACUUGUGUAGCCUUCUGCAUUGCUGUAUGAGAUACUUGAUUUUGGGUCUUGCUGCUGUCUUCAUCCUCCCAGCUGGCUGAGGUGCACUGCUUAGGAUGGGGUUGUAGAGUCACCACACAAAUCCUGUCCAUUCAUUUUAAGGAGUGACGAGUGGUUCUAAAUGGAAAUCUCUGGAUUGGGGUUGUGGCUGUAAUUGAGGAUGAGAAUGGAGAUCCUCACCUUUCAGUAAAGGGAUACAAAUGGCACCCCAGCAGAAAACAAAUGGCAGAAAUGCACCUUAGAUGUCUGCCUCAGAAGAAGCUUGUGGCUGUCAGCCCUGACGCCUUAGUUUUUGCUGCUCGUUUUGAUUAAACUCCAUUUUGGGGGGUCUCCUCCUGUUUGAACAUCAUAGGGCUAGAGGGUUUUGUUUGAUGGUUUAGUGAGUUGGAGCUGAACGUCUGUAAAAGGAGAGGUUCUCUAGUUGACAAUGAAACAAAAGGUGUGACAGAAGGUGUGGGGAGGAGAAUGCGGGGAGCUCCCAUUGUAGUUCCCAAAGGCAAGACUAGAUAACUUGUAACAACACUCUGAUACAAUUUGUGAGGCUUUGUUUCCUACUUGAAAAGGCCUCUCUUCAUUAGUAACCUAGAUCCCUUAUUAUUCUUUAAACCUUUGGGCGGUGGAGGGUUUGCUGUGUUGAUAUUUGAAGGGAGGGAGGCUGUUGAAAGGACUCAUUAAUUUUUUCCAAUGGUACUUUUAGGUUAUAAAUAUGGCUAACUCUUAUUGUAGUGUGGGGCUUAUUGUUCACUUUAUGGAGCAAACAAACACUAUUAGUUGGGAGGAAAAAAAUUAACAGUAACUGGGAACCUACUGUCAACCCUUCUGAUUAGUUACCCUAACCCUCAUUCCUCAAAUCAUUUUAAAGCUGGACAGUAUUAACUAGCCCAUUGUCUGCUAUCUUUGUGCAUAUAAUGGCUGCCACAGACCUGUGGGAUUCAUGUUUCCAGAGCCUUCUCUGUGACAGGAACAGAUGUGAAAAUUUUAAUGCAUAGUUGCUCUUUCUUGCAGUGCUGUGGUGUGGGGGGGAGCCAAAUGCACAGGAAGAGAUUUAAAUACCUUAAUCAUUGAAUUCAUUAGCUGCUCACUGUACACAAAUAACUCAUCAAGAGUAGGAUCAUUGUCACUUUGGUGGAAGCUUUCCUCCAUCAGGAGGAAAGGCAGGAAACUAAGCUGGGUGGAUCAAGAGAUGGGGAUUGGUCAUAAGGGAGAAGGCCAGCACCCUGUGCCUUCCCCCCUUGUCUACCCCCACCCCUCUGGAAUCUUGUAGCCUUGGCAACUGGGAGGAAAAAGGAAAUGGGAUAGUGAAGAGUAUAAUCCUGAGGUUGGUCAUGUUUGUCAGGGAAAUGUGGAACUGUUUUUUUUUUUUUUUCCCCAGAGCAAGUGUUGUUGGCUAGAUUAAUUUGUGGCUGGAGUUUUGAGGUCCAAGCUUGAAUUAUUUACAGCUCAGCAACAGGUGGAGUGGAGGUCAGAAGCUGCUAUAGGUAGCACAGUGGUGUUCAGGAGUACAAGGGCUGUUCCUUUUAACUGAGCAUUUGGUGACUUUUUGUAUGUUUUAGCCAUUUAGAACUUUUUUUUUCUAAAAUGCCCUUUUGCAAAAGGGCAAAUCUGGUGAUUUAUACAAGUUCAGUUUUUUCUCUUUGGCUGUUUUUAAAAAAACAAACACACUCCUAAAAAGGUAUGGAGAACACAUUUGUAUCUCAUGCUUUUUCCACGUGUUUAAAGUUUUUUGUUAAACACUACUGAUUUUGAUGAAGUUCCCUUCAGCUAAACAGGGGGGUUUGUGUUGACCUUAUCUGCUAUCCAUAACAAUGAGACUUCCCCUAGCCACAGAUUGUGCUCAGAGUUAAAGCUGCUACAUGUUAUUUAUUACAGUAUUUCUAAAUGCCCUCUUUCAUAGUAACUGAGUGAUGAAACAACAUGUGCUAGUUGGAUGUCAGUAGAACUAAUCUCAGUCCACUCCAUUCUGGGAGUCUGUCACUAGCACAGGGUUCUGCAUGUAUAAGCUAAAUCUACCCACCACCACUGCCUUAUUCUUUUUCUUAGCAAGAUUAUCCUAUUUGGCAGGUUACUCUGAGCCUUUGUCUGUCUAUUUCUUCAGUACGAUGGUAUCUAGUGGGAUAGGGAGUGGUGGUGGUGUGUUAAAGGAGGUGGUCCAGACUUGAAUUCACAAGGCCCAGAGUGUAUCCUCUGAUUAUGUACAGGUAAUAUGCUUAGCAGGGAACAAGCAUUUUUGCAGACAAAGCUGUUGCUUGGCAAUGUUUCUGAGGCUGCACAAAUGUUCCUAAAAGGAAGGCGUGCUUGAGGGUCACUGACUUUGCAACUACAGAUCUAAGCAUCACUGUACAAGCCUGGACAGGUAGAAGCGAAAGCAGUUUUUCUCUUCCCCACCCCUCCAGGACAGUUGCCACAAAUCCAGUGGAAGGAACAUGCUGGUACCUCUAACUGAAGAAGGGAACAAAAGAUCCCUGAUAUACAAUGCCAUGUAGAAGGCUAGGAGGUGGAUCCUUUACAACACAAAACUGGUCCUGGUGUUUAUUACCUUUGCUUUUUUAUUUCUAUAACUUUUCCCAUGAACUACAAUUAUCCAUCUGUAAUGUCUGUAAUUCUUUUUUUCAUGAAUGCUGUUCUGUUGAUUUGUCAUAAUAAAUAUUUUUCUUUGCAAA